AGCCCAUGCCCAGCUUUAGACUACAUUUCCCAGAAGGCUCUACUCCCCGCGCUGUCGUACUUUACUGGGGCGUGUCUUGGAAGAGAAGCUAGUCCGCGAGCACCGCUGGGGCAUCUCGCUCAGCUCGAGCCUCACCUGCCUCAUUGCAAGAUGAUUGGGGUCCUGCUCCUGCUCUUCCUUCCCUUUCUCCUGUACAUCGCUGCACCCCAAAUCAGGAAAAUGCUGUCCAGCGGGGUGUGUACAUCAACCGUCCAGCUUCCUGGGAAGGUAGCUGUGGUCACUGGAGCCAACACAGGCAUCGGGAAGGAGACAGCCAAAGAGCUGGCUAAAAGAGGAGCCCGUGUAUAUUUAGCUUGUCGGGAUGUGCAAAAGGGGGAAUUGGUGGCCAGAGAGAUCCAGACCAUGACAGGGAACCAGGAGGUAUUGGCGCGGAAACUGGACUUGGCUGAUACGAAAUCUAUUCGAACCUUUGCUGAGGGCUUCCUAGCAGAGGAAAAGCAUCUCCACAUUUUGAUCAACAAUGCAGGAGUGAUGAUGUGUCCCUACUCCAAGACAGCAGAUGGCUUUGAGAUGCACAUGGGAGUCAACCAUUUAGGUCACUUCCUCCUGACCCAUCUGCUGCUAGAGAAGCUGAAGGAAUCAGCCCCAUCAAGGGUAGUGAAUGUGUCUUCCUUAGCACAUCACCUGGGAAGGAUCCACUUCCAUAACCUGCAGGGUGAGAAAUUCUACAAUGCAGGUCUGGCGUACUGUCACAGCAAGUUAGCCAAUAUUCUCUUUACCAAGGAACUGGCCCGGAGACUAAAAGGCUCUGGCGUUACAGCGUACUCUGUACACCCUGGCACAGUCAACUCUGACUUGGUUCGGCACUCAUCCGUCAUGAGAUUUUUUUGGCUGCUUUUCUCCUUCUUCUUCAAGACCCCUCAGCAAGGAGCCCAGACCAGCCUCUACUGUGCCUUAACGGAAGGUCUUGAGAUUCUAAAUGGAAACCACUUCAGUGACUGCCAUGUGGCAUGGGUCUCUGCCCAGGCUCGUAAUGAGACAGUAGCAAGGCGGCUGUGGGAUGUCAGCUGUGACCUGCUAGGCAUCCCUAUGGAUUGACAGAUGAUGGCAGUUGGACUCAAGAGAAGCUUGCAGCAGACUACUCAGUAUUCCCUGCUAAAAUGAUUCUCCUUCUGGAUGGUCAAAACCUUGAGCACAAAGAAAACAAAUCUUCCAAACUUGCCUGCUUGAUGUCUGAUAAAAGCCCAGCGUACACUGCCAGAUUCAUCUAAAUGCCUUGCAUUUGUCCAGAUUUAUUUUGCUCCUGUUACUGCCAGAGUUACUAGAGAUAAUAUAGGAUGAGUAAGACCCCCAUAUGACCUCCAGGCUCCUAUUUUCUUCCUGAAACCUACUACCUAGUAGAACCGAAGCUAUGGCAGGGUUGAUUUAUGGCAAUUUGGAUUAAUUUCUAUCCUCUUUGUCCACAAUGUAGUUCCUCCCAACCAAACAACUUUCAAGGGGGCCAUACUGCAGCCUGAGAUAAACUCCAGGAGUCACAGUGGCUUGGCUCAAGAGCAGGGUUGUCCUUCAUCUCUUAAGAAAAGUCUUAUGGCACCAAUAUCUGGAUUCUUCCAGGAAACUCUUAACUGAAUCUGGAUUGUGGCAUGGCUUUAUCUCUGACAACCUAAAGCCACUGCUGUUAAGACAUUUUCUCAUGCCUAGACCAUAGAAGAGCCUCCUUUUCUAAGAAGUUGGUGGAGUUUAGGGGAUGGCAGAAAAUGGGAGGAACCAGAAAUAAAAAUCAAACUUAAGCCGACAUUCAUUUUCCUGCUAUUUCUCAAACCAGCAAGAGGGUAGUGAAAAACAGUUUAAGAAGAUAGGCCACCUGACUUCAGUUACUGACCCCAGACCCAUGGAGGCCUCCUUUUUGUGCCUUAGUUUCUCUUAGAAAAACAGGAGAAGGGAAAGGCUAUUUGGUGAUUGUCCCUGAGUAUAUCUUUGUAUGUGUUCUUGUGUAUUUAUGCAGUUGUGAGUAUUGAAAAUAGCCACAAAGGAACAGUAUUAAACUGGACCCUAGUGCAGGAAACUGAUCAGAGACAAAGCAAACCAGUGUCAUUCAGUCUUUUAUACAAAUAGGUGGAACCGCAGAGGGAAGUGAACUCUGUAUAUGCUGAUUACUACCCAUCACGAAGCAUAUGGGUAGCAGGGAAGAAGUCCAAAAAAGAGAAGAAUCCUAGAAGAUAAUUCAGGCAAUGGCAAUGAAGGGACUAGUUAAGGAUUUAAAAACUUAAGAAAAAAAAGCUAAAGAUGGUAAAAUUCAGCAAUAGAAGAAUUAAGGGUGAGCACCUGAGUUCAGACAAGAUUGGUAAGGCACUAUCUGAACAAGCACAAAUCAACCUGUCAGGAAGAACAAAACCCCAAUUCUUUACUCAGCAAAAUUUCUUAAGGACUGGUACUGGUAAUUAGUCAAUUUAAAAAUCUUUCAGGGCAUUACCUUACAUUAUCUUGACAAGAUUAAAAUGUCUACUGUAUUGGCUAGAAAUCUACAUUUUAUUUGGAGAACUUUUAUCAAAGGUAAUACUGCCAAAGGAAGUCAGGAAUUGGCAAUGUUCAUCACUUGUUUGGAGAGUAUUUUUCUGAUAGAGUUUGUGAUUUUCCUAGACUGACAAUUAUAUGUUCACUUUGGUGGGAGUUUCAAGAGUUGUAGGACCACAGUCUUAUAUUUGUAAAUAAUCUUUUUGUUGAACUUGUUUGGACAAGUAAACUAUACAGACAUGGUCAUUUUAUGAAAAAAUUGGAAAACUUUUGAUACUAGUGUAGAACUGAAUUAAUAUUUUACUUAAUUUAUACUGAAUUGUCAAUGACAAAUAAAAAUUGAUUAUUGAUUA